GUUGUGGGCCUGGAAGUCUGCAGGACACCUCGUGGGGCGAAGGAGCCCUGGGCCACCCGGGAGGGGGCGGGACGGGGAGGUCGGAGUCCCGGCAACUACCCAGGGCGCGGCGCGCACAAGGCCACCUGUUGCGGCGGCGGUGGGCGGCCGAGGCUCCCCGGGUCUCCGGGUCCUGCGCUGGCGGACGUCCCGGGGGGUGCAGCGCGUACCCCGCAGACUCGAACGGCCCGCGCUUCCGUCGGGUCAGCUGACCGCCCAGUGCGGAACUGCGCUCUGCGCCGCCGCCGUCGCCACCUUGCUCAGUGCCUCGCGCCCGCCUCCCCGGGUCACCAUGGCUGGGCUCGUGGUCUGUGGAGCUCAAGUGUCCUACAUAGGCCAAGACUGCAGAGAAAUUCCAGAACACCUUGGCAGGGACUGUGGACAUUUUGCAAAGAGGCUUGAUCUGAGCUUCAACCUUCUAAGGCCCCACUUUUUGGGAGUCAAUUGUGGUUGUCAGACUGAGAUGGGAGAUUUUUAUGAACGGAAAUGGUACAGGCCUUAUGUUGCCAGGUCACUGGAAGGACUGAGCGCAUUCAGAAGCCUGGAGGAACUCAUCUUGGACAACAAUUUGCUCGGAGACGACCUCGUGUUGCCAGGGUUACCCCGGCUCCACACCUUAACCCUCAACAAGAACCAAAUCACUGAUUUGGAGUGUCUGCUUGAUCACCUGACAGAAGUGACACCAGCUCUGGAGUACCUCAGCUUGCUGGGUAACGUGGCAUGUCCCAAUGAGCUGGUCAGCUUGGAAAAGGAUGAGGAAGACUACAAGAGAUACAGGUGCUUUGUUCUGCAUAAGCUGCCUAGGUUGAAGUUUUUGGAUGCCCAGAAAGUAACUAGACAAGAACGAGAGGAGGCAUUGGUCAGAGGGGCCUUCAUGAAGGUGGUGAAGCCCAAGCCUUCCAGUGGGGACGUUGCUGCCUCUCCAGAGCACCACUACACACCCCUGCCUUCUGCUUCUAGAGAACUCACCAGUCACCGAGGUGUCCUGGGGAAGUGCCGCUAUGUUUACUAUGGGAAAAACUCCGAGGGUAACAGAUUUAUCCGAGAUGAUCAGCUCUGAAGACAAACUCGAUAUGCCUUUGCCCAUUUUGUGAAAAUAAAAGGAAAAGGAAAGCAAAAAUAAAAAGCCAAAGGAAAACA